AUGUUGACCAUCAACGUAGAAUUUCUGGGCGGACUUGAUGCUAUAUUUGGCCAUGUGCGAGAGCAUACCGUGCAAGUUGAGGAUGGCUCAAACUUCAGAGAGUUGACCCAGCAUCUAGUUGAACAUUUAUUAAAAGAUCGCAAGGAUGAGGAUGUAUUUAUUGAAGACGGAAGUAUAAGGCCAGGCAUUUUGGUCCUAAUCAAUGAUACCGAUUGGGAAUUGGAAGGUGAGGAUGAAUACGAACUGCAAGAUAAAGAUCUGAUAACAUUUACCAGCACUCUCCAUGGUGGUUAA